AUGUCGAACCGCGGCGGACGAGGGGCCCGAGGCUUCAGCAGAGGACCUGGCGUCGGCGGCGGCGGCGGUGGUGGCAGAGGGAAUCGCUCGCAUUCCGGGCCGUGGGGGAGGUUGAAGCCGGUUGAUCUGGAUCCGCUCGAGAGCAUCGGGUUGCCGUCCAAGGGUGACACGAGAUUGCUCGACUUCAAGACCCAGGAACGGUACUACACAAAGAUCGUCGAGCGGUACAUGACAUUCUGCUCCGACGCGGGCGAACGCGACGAACUCCUCCGCCGCUUCGCAUCCCUCGACAUCAAAGACGGACCAGGCCUCUCGGCCGCCUCCUCCCCGCGCCUGCCCCCCGACGACCCCGCGAACACGAAAGCGCUCUCCGACGUGAUGAUGGCGCUGCGCAAACUCCGGGAGGGCAUCGUGGCCUCCAAGCGCACCGACGACUUCGCGAUCCAGGCGUACCUGUUUAACAUCCGGCUCUCCGUCCUCGUGAAGCACCCGGAGUCGUACCACCCGGCGAUCCUGCACGUGCUGCGGGCGAUCCACCCGGCGCGGAACCUGACGAGCGUGGAGCUGCAGGAGGUGCUGGGGUACCUGGUCCUCGACGCGGCGUGCCGGCGCGGGGACCUGGCGGAGGCGUACGCGAUACGGCACCGGCACGGGCUGCGGGACGCCAAGGUGGACGCGGUGCUGGGCGCGCUGGCGCACGACAACUUCGUCGCGUUCCGGAGGGUGCAGAGGAACGUGGACGGGCACCGGGCCAAGCUGAUGGAGUUCGCGGAGACGGAGAUGCGCACGCACGUGUUGAAGUGUUUCGGGAGGACGUAUCUGGGCGUCGAUCAGGAGUGGCUGGAGAGGUGCGCCGGGGAGAGCUGGGAUGUGUUGGUGAGGGAGCGCGGCGUCGGGUGGGAGCUUGAUGGGAAGAGGGUUGUUAUUCGUAAGGUUAGGGCGAAGUGA